AAGCCCAAAAUCUACAAAAGGUUUAUUUACAUUUGACAUUGAUGUUAAUGUACCCAAUGAAGAUACCAACAUACCAGAUGCUAAAUGCAAUAUUGAGGAAAGCCAGAAAGUCUGUGAUCCUUUAUCAGACAAUACAAAAGAGCCAACAUCUCCCACUUUUAAAUUGGGUGCAGGCUUAGAAGUACCUCAAAGUGAUGUAGAAACAAAACCUGAAGAAACAGCAGUUGGAGAUGUUGGAAUAACAGAUGUUAAAACAGAUUUUGGUGAAAUAGAAUCUCCUGAUUUCAAACUUGGGGCAAGUCUUGGUAUGUCUCCAGAGGAAGACACAACCACACCAGUUUCUGAAGACAUUGUUGAAUCUCAACCAGAAAUUGAAUCACCAUCAUCUGGAGAAGUGUCUCCCAGUAUGAUAACUAGUGUCAGUGUCAAAAUACGCAAAUUCUUCAGUAGUGAUCAGCCAGAAGCAGAUUUAAAACCCAUCAAACGAAAAAAAAUUUCAGAUGAUGUUGCAAAAAAUGAAUUAGAGUCUGGUGAGAAGUCAUCUGAGCAUGAACUUGGUGAUGCUUUGGAAACACCUAGUAUUGGUAUGGUACUACCAAAUGAAGUUGAGCCUUUAAAGGGAGAAAUAAAAUUUGAAUCACCUGAUAUACCAGAUCUUCCAGACACAUCCAUUGAAGCGUCGUUGCCAGAUGUAGAAGAUUCUCCUAGCAUAAAAUUAGGUGGAGCUUUGGAUAUACCUGCCGAUGAUGUAGUUACACCAGAUCUUGGCAAUUCUGUUGAAGCAGAUCCAAACAAUGAGACAGUUACAGUUGCUGAACUACCAGAUUUUAAAACAUAUUCUGACAUUAGGAACCAAUCCCCUGACUUUAAACUUGGGACAAGUCUUGAUAUGUGUCCAGAAGAGAACUUGACAAAACCAGAUUCUGAAAACUUAGAUGAUUCUCAACCAGAAAUUGAAUCAUCAUCAUCUGGAGAAGAGUCUCCUGGUUUAAUACGAAGUUUCAGUAUCAAGUUAAAUCGAUUUUUCAAAGGUGAUCCCGCUAAUCAAAAUGCCAAUAAGGACUUGGAUCCAACUGAACAAGAGGGAAUUCCAGAUGAUGUUGCAAAAACUGAGUUAGAUUCUAGUGAUCAAUCGCCUGAACAUAAACUCGGUGGUGCUUUGGAAACACCUGGUAUAGGUAUGGUACUACCAGCUGAAGCUGAGCCCAUAAAGGAAGACGUAGAACUUGAAACACCUGGCAUACCAGAUCAUUCAGACAAAUCCAUUGAAACAUCAUUGCCAGAUGUAAAAGAUUCUCCUAGUUUAAAAUUGGGUGAAGCUUUGGAUGCACCUGCUGGUGACAUAGCUACACCAGAUCUUGACAUUCCUGUUGCAAUGGAACCAAAUAAUGUUGUAGAUGUUGAACUACCAGAUAUUAAACCAAGUUCUGACAUUAAUAUAGACUCCCCUGAUUUUAAACUUGGGGGAAGUCUUGAUAUGUCUCCAGAAGAGAGCUUGACCAAACCAGAUUCUGAAAACUUGGAUGAAUCUCAACCAGAAAUUGAAUCACUAUCAUCUGGGGAAGAGUCUCCUGGUUUGAUACGAAGUUUCAGUAUCAAGUUAAAUCGAUUUUUCAAAGGUGAUCCUGCUGAUAAAAAUGCUAAUAAGGAAUUGGAUCCAACCGAACAAAAGAAAAUUCCAGACGAUGUUGCAAAAACUGAAUUAGAUUCUAGUGAUCAAUCCCCUGAACAUAAACUUGGUGGUGCUUUGGAAACACCUGGCAUAGGUAUGGUACUACCAGCUGAAGUUGAGCCCAUAAAAGGAGAGGUGGAACUUGAAACAUCUGACAUACAAGAUCUUCCAGAUAAAUCCAUUGAAACAUCAUUGCCAGAUGAGGAAGAUUCCCCUAGCUUAAAAUUAGGUGGAGUUUUGGAAAUGUCCGCUGAUGAUAUAGUUACACCAACUCUUGAGAAUCCUAUUGAAGCAGAACCAAAUAACUUAGCAGUCGGAAAUGCUGAACUGCCAGAUAUUAAUACAGAUUUUGAUGGUGAAUGUUCGCCUGAUUUUAAACGUGGGGCAAGUCUUGAUAUGUUUCCACAAGAAGAUACAAUCACACCAGUUUCUGAAAACAUUGUUGAAUCUCAGCCUAAAAUUGAUUUGCCAUCAUUUGGGGGUGAUUCUCUUAGCACAUUACCUGCUUUGAAUGCCAGUACGAAAUCAGGCCCAAAGAAAGUUUCAGAUGACGUUGGUAAACCUGGCUUAGAAUCUAAUACCGAAACACCUAAAUUUAAAGUUGGUGAUCCUUUGGUAUUUGGUGGCCCAGAUUCGUCAAAACCUGAUACAGUCGGGCCAACAGUAGAUCUGGAUACUCCAGAUAUUGGGUUGAAUACAGGCUUGGAUUUUGACACUCAGUCACCCAGUCUUACUUCUGAUAUGCCUUUGGAUGGUAACUCAAAUGAUGGAAAUAAAUUGGACACUGAUGACCUUGUUGGUGCUUACUUGGAUAUGGAUUUAACAGCUGGUCCUCAGCUACAAGGUCGGAAAUCUCCUUUAAAACUGGAUGAUGAUAUGUACUUUUCACUACCUGAGGAGGAUGUAGUUGCCGCACCAGUUAUUGAUGUUCCAGAAGAAUCAAUGCCUGUAAUGCAAACUGAAGAUUCAGAGCUUCCAGACAAGAUAUCCACCGCACCACAGUUGGAGUCUGGUCUGCCAUCAUUUGGUUAUGAUGGGUGUAUGGAUAUACCUCAAACAGAUAUGAUCGUACCAGUUACCGAAAGUGCUGUUCAUGCCCAACCGGAUAUGAAACUGUACGAGCAAGAUUUGCCAGAUAAAGGUGUUCAAAAAUAUUUAGAAAAUGACAUGAACUCUCCUGAUCUAAAUCUUGGGGCAUCACUUGAACUUCCACAAGGCGAGGAAACUGUGCAACCAGUUAUACAGAAUCCUGUUGAAUCUCAACCAGAACUAGAUUCUUCUUCUGGAGACCAAUCUCCCAACUUGUUAGGCUGCUGCAAGUUCCCUAAGUUGUUUACUGGCUAUCCAUCUAUUGAAGAUGGCAAUGUUAAGCAGUCCAACUCAGACAAUGAUGAUGAAGAAUUCUUUCAACCAGAAUUAGAACUUGAAGACCUAUCACCUAAAUUUAAACUUGGACCGUCAAUGGACCUCCCUGGAGUGGAGCAAGUUACACCAGGUGUAGAUCAAACAAAGGAAGCAGAUAUUGAAAUGGGACUACCAGUGUUUUCAGGCGAUAUGAAAAAGCCUGAUUUGGCAAGCAAUGAAAAGUCACCAGAUUGCAAAAUUGGGGCAGCUCUUGAAACACCUGUGAAAGAUCAGAAUAACCCAGAUGUAGAUGUACCAGCUGAACAAAGUCCUAUCGGUUCAUUAGAGAUGCCAGAAUCUGUUGUUCCCAGCAUGGAGCCAGAGAAAAGUUUACCAGUUUAUAAACUUGGAAGUGCUUCCAAUGAGCCUGAAACAUCAUCUGGUGAGCAGACUCCUAAAGACAAAAAAGGAUUUAAUUUUGGUCUUAACAUGCCAAAAUUUCCUAGUCUGUCUGGCUCUAUAAAAGAAAUUGAUGAUCCCGUAGACACAGAAUUACCAGAAAACAAAAACAAUGAGCCUGAUAUGUCAUCUGGUGAGCAGACUCCAAAAGACAAAAAGGGAUUUAAAUUUGGUCUUACUAUGCCAAAAUUUCCUGGUCUGUCUGGUUCUACAAAAGAAAUUGAUGAUCCCAUAGACACAGAGUUACCAGAAAACAAAAACAAUGAGCCUGAAAUGUCAUCUGGUGAGCAGACUCCGAAAGACAAAAAGGGAUUUAAUUUUGGUCUUAACAUGCCAAAAUUUCCUGGUCUGUCUGGUUCUACAAAAGAAAUUGAUGACCCCAGAGACACAGAAUUACCAGAAAACAAAAACAAUGAUCCUGAAACGUCAUCUGGUGAGCAGACUCCGAAAGACAAAAAGGGAUUUAAUUUUGGUCUUACUAUGCCAAAAUUUCCUGGUCUGUCUGACUCUACAAAAGAAAUUGAUGAUCCCAUAGACACAGAGUUACCAGAAAACAAAAACGAUGAUCCUGAAACGUCAUCUGGUGAGCAGACUCCGAAAGACAAAAAAGGAUUUAAACUUGGUCUUAACAUGCCAAAAUUUCCUGGUCUGUCUGGCUCUACAAAAGAAACUGAUGACCCCAUAGACACAGAAUUACCAGAAAACAAAAACGAUGAUCCUGAAAUGUCAUCUGGUGAGCAGACUCCGAAAGACAAAAAGGGAUUCAAUUUUGGUCUUAAUAUGCCAAAAUUUCCUGGUCUGUCUGGCUCUACAAAAGAAAUUGAUGAUCCCAUAGACACAGAAUUACCAGAAAACAAAAACAAUGAUCCUGAAAUGUCAUCUGGAGAGCAGACUCCUAAAGACAAAAAAGGGUUUAAAUUUGGUCUUAAUAUGCCAAAAUUUCCUGGUCUGUCUGGCUCUACAAAAGAAACUGAUGAUCCCAUAGACACAGAAUUACCAGAAAACAAAAACAAUGAUCCUGAAAUGUCAUCUGGUGAGCAGACUCCUAAAGACAAAAAAGGGUUCAAAUUUGGUCUUAAUAUGCCAAAAUUUCCUGGUCUGUCUGGCUCUACAAAAGAAAUUGAUGAUCCCAUAGACACAGAAUUACCAGAAAACAAAAACGAUGAUCCUGAAACGUCAUCUGGUGAGCAGACUCCGAAAGACAAAAAAGGAUUUAAACCUGGUCUUACUAUGCCAAAAUUUCCUGGUCUGUCUGACUCUACAAAAGAAAUUGAUGAUCCCGUAGACACAGAAUUACCAGAAAACAAAAACAAUGAUCCUGAAAUGUCAUCUGGUGAGCAGACUCCAAAAGAUAAAAGGGGUUUUAAAUUUGGUCUUACUAUGCCAAAAUUCCCGGGCAUGUCGGACUCUUCCAAACCAACAGAUGAUUCUGUAGACACAGAAUUACCAGUAGGCUCAGUGGGUUUAAAAUCUGGAGAACAGUCUCCUAAAAUUGGCACUCCUUUUGAGCUGGCAAAAGAAUGCCCAAAUAAACCUGAUGAUUUGGAUGUGCAAAUAAAUGCAUUGGAAGAUUUAAAACUACCAGACAACACUAUCAACCCAAAUUGGGAAUCUGGAAUCAAUUCUCCGGAGUUUAAAUUGGGUUCUUCUGUGGAUCAGUCCAAACCAGAUGACCCCAGUAAACUUGAACUGUCUUCUGGAAAAAUAUCUCCAGACUUUAAACUGGGCUCUUCUGUUGACAUAAAUGAAGAAGACCAGUUUAAACCGGUUAUUGAAGAAGAAAACCUGAUUCAACCGGUCAUUGAAGAGCCUGUUGAAGCACAGUUAGAGAGAAGUGUAGAAAUGAGUCCUGAGCAAUUUUUACCACCAGGCAAAGCCCCAAAACCUGGUUCAAAAAGUAAACCACCAACUGGGCUUAAAGAGGAUGCAAUUAAGCCUGUAAAUGAAAAGCCCAUUGAGGCACAACAGGCUAAAAGACCAACUCAACAAACUCAGCUUCCAGGUUUCCCAAAAACAAGUUUCGGUCACAAUUUCCUCAAAACUACCAUUCCUUCAUCAGCAUUUUAUAUUCUCAUAUCUUUCAAUGCCAAUGCAUGCCGUGCUUAUGGCAGAGGAAUUCAACCCACUGGUCUUCGUAUGCGGGAAAAAGCAGACUUCCAUGUAACAACUAAAGAUGCUGGUGACGCAGAUCUUAAAGUCACAGUCAAGGGGCCAAGGGGAAGUAACGAACCUGUGACAGUAAAGAAAAAUCCCAAAGAGCCUGAAGUGUUUGAUUGCGAGUAUUACCCACUAAAACAAGGGAACUACACCGUCGAUGUCACAUUUGGAGGAAAACCAAUUCCAAAAAGCCCAUUCGAGAUAUUAGUUGGUCCUGAAGCAGGCGCGCAAAAAGUGAGAGCUUAUGGUCCAGGUUUGCAUGGUGGUAAAGUUGGUCACUCUGCUGAUUUUGUUGUGGAAACUAUUGGAACUGAAGUCGGACAGCUUGGGUUCUCAAUUGAGGGACCAUCUCAAGCCAAGAUUGAAUGUGAAGAUUGUGGCGAUGGUUCAUGUGAUGUGAAAUACCACCCAACUGAACCAGGAGAAUAUGCUGUACAUGUCGUAUGUGAUGAUAAUGAUAUCAAAGGUUCUCCAUUCAUGGCACAGAUUGCCCCUGCUGAUACCAAGAGUAGACCUGACAUGGUCAAAGCCUACGGUCCUGGUCUUGAAUCUGGUACCCCCGUUAACGGCCGCCCUACCAACUUUACUGUCGACGCAAAGCGAGCAGGAGCUCCUGCCCCCGUCGAGGUCGUAGCUGUUGCUGCAGAUGGAGAGAAUCUGCCAGUGAAAGUGAAAGAUAAUGGAGAUGGGACUUAUGACUGUGACUACACACCUAAGAAUCCAAUCAAACACACCAUUAUUCCAUCUUAUGAUGGUGUUGCUGUGAAGGACAGCCCAUUCAGGGUUAACGUCAAUGAAGACUCUUACCCUGACAAAGUAAAGGUGUAUGGACCAGGAGUUGAACCAGGUCUUAAAGCAGAAGAGCCCACCUACUUCACAGUGGAUUGUGCAAGAGCUGGUAAUGGAGAUGUUAGCAUUGGUAUCAAGUGUGCAGCUGGAGUGGUUGGACCUACAGAAAGGGAUGUUGAAUUUGAAAUCAUUAAAAACGAUGCUUCAGACACUUUUACAGUGAAAUACACACCUCCAGGCCCAGGUGAGCACACCAUUAUGGUUCUGUUUGCUGAACAACCAGUUCCAAAAUCACCAAUCACAGUAAAUGUUGCUUCGUCACAUAAUGCAAAGAAAGUCAAAGCUGAUGGACCAGGGAUUGAAAAAGAAGGUGUUGAAUGCGGCAAGCCCACCCACUUUACCAUAUACACCAAGGGUGCUGGAAAGGCAAAACCAAAUGUUCAAUUCAAACCAGCCAGAGGUUCAUAUAAGCCUCCAGCAAGCAAGGCUGACAUUCUGGAUAACAAAGACAAUACAUACACUGUGUCCUACACACCUCACGCGGAAGGACCAAUGGACGUAGAAGUAACUUAUGGUGGGGAUAAGAUUCCUAACUCUCCUUUCCCAGUUGAUGUUGCACCAGCUUUAGAUGUAAACGCUGUCAAAGUCAAAGGCCUUGAAGACAAAAUGGAUGUUGGAAAACCACAAGAGUUUGAGGUCCUCACCAAGGGAGCAGGAGGACAAGGAAAGUUGGAUGUGGAUGUUGUUGGACCUUCUAAUCUUCCAAUACAUGUUCACGAUAAGAAGACACCUAACGGGAAGAAAUGCCAUUUUACUCCUGUAGAAGAAGGUCCACACAGAGUGAAUGUUGCGUACGAUGGAAUUCCCGUCCGUGGAAGUCCUUUCUUGGUGGAUGCUUUGACCCCCGCUGACCCCAGCAAAGUCCGAGCAUAUGGCCCCGGUCUUUCUGGUGGGGUGGUCAACCAAUCUGCACCCUUUACCAUUGAAACUGCAGAUGCAGGCAAUGGUGGUCUUGGACUUACUGUUGAAGGGCCCUGUGAAGCUAAAAUUGAAUGCAUUGAUAAUGGAGAUGGUUCAUGCUCUGUGGCAUACAUGCCUACAGAGGCAGGAGAUUACAAGAUUAAUGUUUUAUUCGCUGAUAAACAUAUUCCAGGAUCUCCAUUCAAUGCUAAAAUCGAGCCAGCGUUUGAUGCUUCUAAGGUUGAUUUAAGCGGGCCAGGUCUUGAAAGUGGAAAAAUAGGAAAGCCAAGCAAGAUAUGCGCUGAUUGCUGCAGUGCUGGAGACGCACCUCUUACAGCAGAUGUGCUAAACGAUGACGGAACUAAAGUUCCUACCAAGGUUAAAGAUAAUGGAGAUGGAACACAUGACAUCACAUUUGUGCCCAACAAGCCAGGCAAGGCAUUAGUGAACGUACAAUAUGGCGGCAUCUCCGUGCCCAAGUCACCAGUUAGUGUUCCAAUCAAACCAGAUGUGGAUACAAGUGGAGUCAGAACUACUGGCCCUGGUGUCCAACCUGAUGGUGUUCUUGCUGAUGUUGAAGCAGAGUUUCAAGUUGAUGCUGGAUGUCUCGCUCCACGUGGGGGUAAACAUGUCACCGCUAAAGCUGUUGGACCAUCUGGAACUGCAGUUCCUGUUGAUUUGAAAGACAAUAGAGAUGGAACAUAUGAUGCAAAAUACUCUCCCUAUGAAAAAGGUCCCCAUCAAGUCAUUGUUGACUAUGAUGACGUCCCAGUUCCUGGAUCUCCGUUUAACGUUGGUGUAGAUGAAGGUUGCGACCCUACCAAGGUAAAAGCAUAUGGUCCAGGCUUGGAGCAAGGUACUACAGCCAAACCAGCCAAGUUUAUGGUGGAUACAAGAGGGGCUGGAACUGGAGGUCUUGGACUUGUGGUUGAAGGACCUUCUGAUGCAAAAAUUACAUGCACUGAUAGCAAAGAUGGAACAUGUGCUGUCGAAUACCUACCAACAGCACCUGGUGAAUAUGAGGUAAACAUCACCUAUGGCGGGGAAAAUAUACCCGGAUCUCCAUUCAUUGUCCCUGUCAAGGAUACUGUGGACCCUACCAAGGUGUCAUGCAAUGGACCUGGAGUAUCUCCUGGAGUGAGAGCAAACGUCCCACAGGAGUUCACAGUAGAUUGCUCAACUGCUGGUGUCGCCCCAUUGGAUGUUGCUGUUAAGGGACCAAAAGGUUUGAAAGAACCAGUUGAUGUCCGAGAUAAUGGAGACGGAACACACACUGUUAAGUACACCCCCACCAAAGAAGGUCCGUACCAAGUCCAAGUGAAAUAUGCUGACCACGAAAUCCCAAGAAGUCCAUACCGUGUUCGAGUACAACCCACCCACGAUGCUAGCAAGGUCAAAUGCAAUGGACCAGGUAUUGCAUCAGGUGGUGUGCCUGCAUCUCUGCCUGUUGAGUUUACCAUUGAUGCCACAGAUGCUGGAGAUGGUGUUCUUGCUGUUCAAAUCACGAAUCCAAAGCGCGAAAAAUACUCAGUUGAGAUGCCACCUGCUCCCAAAAAGCCUACUGGCUCUGAAGGGGUGGGCCCAGGUGCUCGUUCUCCAAAAAGGAAGAGCCCAAGCAAGUCGCACAGCCCAACCAAAACUCGACCUGGUCGAGGCUCUCGUGGAAGCGAGGAUAGUCCUGGAAGAAAGAGCCGAAGCAGGAGCGGAUCAAGCUCCAGCAGUUCCUCUAGUAGUCGCUCUAGAUCAAGAUCUAGCUCCAGCUCAAGUUCCAGCUCUGAGUCCGACAGUCCGAAAGCAUCAAGCCCUACCAAGGGAAGCCCAAGAAAGUCGGCCAGUGGAACGGGAGAACCUUAUGAACGCAGCCCACGAAAACGAGGUGGCGUUAAGUCAGGUGCAAAGGAUUCACCAUGCAGAGAAGUCCAUGCCUCAGACCCCGAAGGCCGCCCAAAAAGAGCCAGUGUGCGUGACAACGGUGAUGGAACAUAUUCUGUUUCUUACAUCCCUGAUACGGUUGGUCGGUACACCAUCUCAGUGAAAUAUGGAGGGGAUGAAAUACCUUAUUCACCAUAUCGCAUUCGAGCUGUGCCUUCUGGGGAUGCAAAUAAAUGCCUUGUAUCAGUAUGCUUUGGAACAGCUGGAGAUGGCCUUGGUCCCAACAUUUACAUUGGAGAAGAAGCUGUGAUAACUGUUGACCCUAAUGGUGCCGGACCUGGCAAUGUCACGUGUGCAGUCACCACCCCAGAUGGUGAAAAACUGGACGCAGACGUUGUUCAAAACAAAGAUGGCACUUUUGAUAUCUUCUACACACCUAAAGAAGUUGGCCCGUAUACAAUUAAUAUUCAUUUUGGCGGGGAAGAAGUUCCCAACAGCCCAUACAGAGUUACGGCUGUGCCUGGCUUGAAACCUGCACCAGUGGUGGAAGAAGAUUUCCAACAGACAGCAGUAGCACCUGCCUACUCUUACAUGAACGGGAGUGAACCGGCAAUUGAACAAGUUGAUGGUCCAGAUUCGCUCCGACCCGUGCAACUUGUGUUUGAAGUGCCUUCCAGACCUGGAAACCUUACCAGUGAAGUUACUACACCAAGUGGGAUUAAGGAGUCUCCAGUCAUCAAGAACAACGGUGAUGGAACCAUCACUGUACAAUACCAGCCCCAUGAACCAGGACUGCAUGAGAUGGCCAUCUUACUUGAUAAUGAACAUAUCUCAGGAAGUCCCAUCCAAUUCUACGCUGAUGUCAUGGCCCCUGGUCAUGUGACAGCAUAUGGACCUGGACUUGUGACUGGCAAAGUUGAUGAACCAGCCAACUUUACGAUUGUUACCAAAGACGCUGGUGCAGGUGGACUUGCACUUGCUGUGGAAGGCCCAUCCAAAGCAGACAUUACAUGCCAGGAUAAUAAAGAUGGCACAUGUUCUGUUACUUACUUACCAACUGCACCAGGAGAAUACACAGUUACUGUUAAGUUUGAUGACCAACACAUACCAGGAUCUCCAUACACAGCAAAUAUCUCUGGUGGAGCAGAUCAAAGAAAAUCGAAACUUUCUUAUGGAACAACCAGUGAUGUUGCUCUUAAAAUCAACGAGAGUGAUCUCUCUCUUCUCUCAGCCAGCAUCGAGGCACCAUCCGGACACAAAGAGAGCUGCGUACUUAAGAAAUUGCCCAACGGCCAUAUUGGCAUCUCGUUUACUCCCAAAGAGAUCGGAGAGCAUCUCGUGAGCGUGAAGAAGAGAGGUCGUCACAUCGCGAACUCUCCCUUCCGGAUCAUGGUAGGAGAGUCCGAGAUUGGAGAUGCAAGUAAAGUAAAAGUAUACGGAGAUGGAAAAGAAAGCGCUUGUGCUGGGGAAACAGCUGUGUUUAUGGUGGAUACAAGACAAGCUGGUUAUGGCGGUCUUGGUUUAUCAAUUGAAGGUCCAAGCAAGGUUGAUAUUAACUGUGAAGAUAUGGAUGAUGGCGUAUGUCGUGUUACAUACACACCACAAGAACCUGGAAACUAUGUGAUCAAUGUAAAGUUCGCAGACAAGCAUGUACCUGGUUCUCCAUUCACUGUUGUGUGCACUGGCGAUGACAGUCCACAAAAGAAAGGAAGCAUUCUGCGACAACAGAAAGCAGCUUCCGUUGCUACAGUUGGUAGCACUUGCGAUCUUAACCUGAAAAUACCAAACAACUGGAUGGACCUUAUGUCUUCUGGAGCAAAAUCCACACGCCACGCCUCCUCUUUCAGCCAAUCAUACAGCAGAGUGGAGCAGUCCUCUUUUAGGAGCACAGGAGUGAGCAGCCAAUCACAGUCCAUGGUUCGGGAGAGUUUCUCCCCCUCCUCCCAAUCCUCCCACUCUCUCCUCACUUCCUCCGCUUCUCCUUUUGUCCCAAAAUUCACGAGCAGCCAGGGAAAAUUUGGCACUUUCGAACAUUCUCUAAAAGCGACAGGUGCUGGCUUGGCUGAUUUAUCUGCUGAAGUAAAAAGCCCAUGCGGAGAUAUCCAGAAGGCAGAAAUAGUAGAGACUGAUGAGAACACAUACAGUAUUAGAUUCAUACCAAAGGAAAUGGGCGUACACACUGUCAGUGUGCGAUAUAUGGGUCAACAUGUACCUGGAAGCCCCUUCGAGUUCACAGUUGGACCCCUCGGUGAGGGUGGGGCUCAUAAAGUCACUGCUGGUGGUCCUGGGUUAGAAGGAGCUGUCGUCAGUGUACCAGCUGACUUCAGUAUAUGGACACGCGAAGCAGGCGCCGGUGGUUUGUCCAUCGCAGUAGAAGGACCUUCAAAAGCAGAUAUCAACUUUGAAGACAGAAAAGAUGGUUCUUGCGGUGUGUCGUACGUCGUUACUGAACCAGGCGAUUAUGAAGUGAAUGUGAAGUUCAACGACCAGGACAUCCCAGGUAGUCCUUUCCCAGUCACUGUCACAGGGGUUGGAAAGAACACUAAAGACCCGCAACGCUUUAAAUCGGAUGCUAGCAAGGUCAGGUCGUAUGGAAGCGGUCUCAGGCGAGCUGUGAUCGGUGAAAAUACUUUCUCCGUCGAUUGCUGCAAUGCAGGCAGUAACAUGCUCCUGGUCGGCGUUCACGGCCCACUAACCCCAUGCGAAGAAGUUCACGUAAAACACGUUGGUCAGCGAAAGUACGCGAUUACAUACACAGCCAAGGAAGCCGGCGACUAUCUGCUUAUAGUGAAGUGGGGUGACGAUCAUAUUCCAGGCAGUCCUUUCCAUGUCAAAAUCCCGUGAUUACUUCUCGGUCUAUCGCCGCCAAUGCUGUAAACGCCGCACGGAGCGCUAGAGGCACUCGCUGCUGAUUUUACUAUAUAGACAUGUACAGUUUCUUAACGAAAAAUCGACAUUUUACUCGCAUACGCGCCUUGCAUAUAUAGUACUUUGCACCAUUUUUCGUUCUUCGUAACGGCCGAUCAUUUGUACAAAACUCAUAUAUACUUGAUUCUGUAAGCGCUCAUAGCAUGGUUGCUGUAACUCGGCGCUCCUACCUGCCAGCAUGUAUAAAGAGCACGGUGUGUGGUGUGUAUUGUAUCCCUGGUCCCAGGACCUGUCUAUAAGACCCAAUAGCCCUUAAAAUGAUCCAAACACAUUAUAUUUUGCAGUGUACCUUUGUAUUCGCAUUUAACCGUCCUUACGGGCAAGACUUUUAUACCACGAAACACCCUAUGUAUACAAACUGUACAGUUAAAUAUACCCCACGUUAAAAGAGGCCUUAUACUUGAGUUUCACAUUUUGGCAUCUGUACCAAACAUAUUAAUCCCUCACUAUGUAAAUAUUCAUUUCUGAUGUAUCGUAUCGUAUUCCGGUGCCUGCUCCGAGAAAAAUGAGCAAACCGUGACUCUGUACCGCUGAUUCAAAAUCUCCACUCGACUGGAGAUUUUAGCCCGCUCGAAUAUUGUAAAAAAAUAACGUUAAUCGUGAUUUCAUUUUGACGAUGAUUAUUUCCGCAAUAAAUCCUAUAAGAUCGCUGCAA